ACUGGGUUACAAGCUGUGCAUCCGCCGAUGGAAGCUGCUGCUUUGUCACCAGAAGCCCGCAGAAUGACUCGAGACUUCAAACCCGGAGACCUGAUUUUUGCAAAGAUGAAAGGGUAUCCCCACUGGCCUGCCAGGAUCGAUGAGGUUCCUGAUGGUGCAGUGAAACCAUCAAAUGUCAAACUUCCAAUAUUUUUCUUUGGCACUCAUGAGACUGCAUUCUUGGGGCCAAAGGACAUCUUCCCCUACCUGCCAAACAAAGAAAAAUAUGGUAAACCAAAUAAAAGGAAGGGUUUUAAUGAAGGCCUGUGGGAGAUUGAAAACAACCCAAAAGUUGAGCUGAAUGGACAAAAGAUGAGGCCCGCGGGCUUUGAGAGGGACAGUAGCCCAGAGCAGCCGCAGGAGGAGGAAGAAGGGACCACUCCAGACAAGAAGAGGAAAUCUGCAUUAGCUAAAGUGUCCAACAGUGAGGCUGUGCAGGAGGAGAGGUCAGGGGUCAUGGCUGUGUCUGAGCCUGUGACUAAUGAUGAAUGGAUCAAUUGGAACAAUGGAUCAGAACUAAGUCAGGGACAAACACAAAAAGAAACUGCCGAAACUCCGGUGAAAUCCAAGAGGGGUAGAAAGAAGAAGAGUGAAAUGGAACAAGAUUCAGAGAAAGAUGAAGUUCCCACUAGCCCUACAUCAAGUCCUCCAGGUAGCGAGGCGCUCACUCCCAAACGCAGAGGCAGGAAACCCAAAGCUGAGAAGAUGCUGCUCCUUCAGCAGCAGGCCUCUCUGGACCCCCGCAGCUCUAGCAGUGAAAUGGACCUGGGGGAAGCGGACAGGAAGAGGAAGCGGGGGUCCGAGGACAAGAGCAGAGGUGAGAAAGCAGAGGAGGACAGAAAGAACGAUGGCCGGAGGAAGGGAGAGGAGGAGAGGUCCAAGGACCCCGAGGGAAAGCAGGAGCCAGAGGCCAAGAGGAGGAAGAGUGGGAGGGAAGAGAGCUCCUCAGACACAGAGGAGGAUGAGAAGAGCAAGAGUGCAGCUGCCAGAAGGCGUAACCUGCUGAAGUCUCAGCAAGGCUCUGUAGAGGCAGACAAAGAGGACAGGCGACGCAAACAUGAGGAACACAAGGGCUCCGAGCAUACCAAAGAUGAUGGAAAGAAACUAGAUGAAAGGAAGGGAGAGCGGAAGAAAGAUUUAUCAACAGAAUCAAGGUUGCAGCGGUUACAUGGAGAAAUCAGACUCUCUCUGAAGAUCGAUAAUCCUGAUGUGAAGAAGUGCUUGGUAGCACUGGACGAGCUGGGCACUCUGCAGGUAACCACUCAACACCUGCAGAAACACAGCGAGCUCAUCACCACCCUCAAAAAGAUCCGUAGGUUUAAAGCCUGCCAGGACAUCAUGGACAAGGCCACCAUGCUCUACAACAAGUUCAAGACCAUGUUCCUGGUUGGGGAGGGUGACUCGGUCAUCAGCCAGGUGCUGAACAAGUCCUUGGCAGAGCAGCGGCAACAGGAGGAGGCCAGGAGGGGUGCCCUGAAGAAGGCUGAACAGGUGAAGGAGCAGAGCACAGAUAAGGGUGUGAAUGGAGAUGCCAGUGCUGAGGAGAAGCGGGAGCAGGACAGAGAGCAGCCCUCUGAGACGACCAGACCUGUGGCACAGGGCAGUGAAGAGUUGGCCUGAAGUUGAAGUAUUUGACAAUCCUGGAAAUGAAGUAAGCGAGCCUCCCAAACCUGUCUCUCCAUAAGGACACACAUCUGCCAAGCCCCUCUGCAGUUUCAGCUUCUCUAGUGACAGUAGGUCAGAUGAUACUGGUCUGUCCAUCUAGGAUUGUCCUGCUUUGAUCCAUUUGCCCGCAGUCUGGGCCUUUGUGUUUGUUACUGCAUUCGUCUGCAUUUUAGCUUUUAAAGUGUGAAAGGCUAUGAAACCGUGAUCGGUUCCCACAUCCACACAGCAUAUUCCACCAGUCCUCCUUUUUACCACCCCCGAAUGCUGAUGAAUGGCUGUUCUUAUAUUUCAAGCAGUUUUGGGGCACGCCUGUAAGCCUGCAUGGCAACUCUGCAUCCAUCAGUAUUUUCAAAGAAGUCUAAACUGAAAUGAAUACAGGGUAGAGGUUAAUGUUGAGAUGCAAUAAUCCAGAGACUUUGUUUACUGUCUGAUAUUGCAGUGGCUUCCAAGUGUGUUUUCCAUGAAUAACAUUCCUGACCACCUCCUCCUGUCGUCCCCCUAUAACCCUACAGAGCAUAAAGCAUGCCACUCUUCUAGCAAGUUCAGUUCCGGAGAUAGAGUUGUGAUCUGUGGCUAAUAUAAGUACAGUACUUCUGUGAUUAAAGAUGUCUUGUCCGUCAUUUCUAAAGAUACUCAUUUUUCCACUCUUUGGUAUAGAUGUACAUAUUUGUUAAGGCUGUCAUUUCAAAGCAGGUCUACUGCUGCAGAAGAUAAAUAGUGUGCCAAAGUUUAUUUUGCCAAGUGCUCUCAUGGUUAAAUGUGUACUGUUUUAAGUUGUCCAUUUUUCUGACAUUCAUGUAAAUAAGAGUAUUUUUGUGACUGUCUCAAAGUGUUUUG